GCAAUACCCACAAGUCGAUUUUAUUUAAACAUAGGAGCCGUCAAGGGGCGUAUGUUAUCCUGUUGCUGCAAAUCCUUCACACCCAUGGUUUUGCAUUUACAUUGUCCACGGUACCCACCUAUAAGAGACACAACUUAAAAGAGUGAGAGGAAAGAUUUAUUGCCCAUACUCAACAGCAGAUGUGCACAGUCAGAUGCCAGUCUUUGCUGUUUUUAAAUAGUUCUUCGGGUUCGGGAUUUUAAAAAGGUAGGCUACCAUAAUCUACAGGCAUCUACAACAAUGGAUGCAAGUAGACCCCUUUUACCGUCUGGCUUGUCAGGACAUUCCCCGUUAUCUCUCUCGGUCUCUGGGUUGCAGAUGUCUUCUUUGCUGCGACCACCGCCUCUUUUCCUACGAGCUGCAGCCGCUGCUGCCUGCAACCCUUCCAUGGAACGGGGCUACCCCCGUACCCCGAAGUGUGCCAGGUGUAGAAACCACGGGGUGGUCUCAGCUCUGAAGGGCCAUAAGCGCUUCUGUCGCUGGAGGGACUGCGUGUGCGCCAAGUGCACCCUGAUUGCCGAGAGACAGAGGGUGAUGGCAGCUCAGGUGGCUCUGCGGAGGCAGCAGGCGCAGGAGGAGAGCGAGGCCCGAGACCUGCAGUUUAUGUAUCCUGCAGCUGGAAGUAGCGAGCAGGGAAUGCCUAUGACAGCAGCUACAGGAGUGACCAGAGCGUCAGGCAUUGCGACACCAAGAACACCGGGUUACGAGGUCUUUGGAAUGGGUGAACAGAAAGGAGAAGAGAAGACACACAAAUAUGACUUCUACAGUGGGUUAAUGGGACGCCCUUUGCUUUUACCGCAUCCAGGUCAGGUGCCCUCUACCCUAGAUAAGACAUCCAGUCCAAGCCUUAUCAGAGAAAAAUCACCUUCUGCUUUAAAGAAGGCAGAGGAGGACACUGGCAUUCAGUCACCUGGAUCAGAUCAACUUUCUGAACGAGGCGGAAGUCCAAGGUCACUGUCUUCUUCAGACCUGGAAUCAGGUAGUGAAUCUGAAAGACCAAAAGACUUUCCAUCCCCGAGGUCCAGCCUUCCUGGGUCUUCAUUGAGGCAGAGGGAUCCCACUGACAUCAUGACGAAAAUCUUCCCUCACCAUAAACGUGAUAUGUUGGACUGUGUAGUGCAGAAUUGCAAGGGGGAUAUAGUCCGGGCCAUAGAGCAGGUAUUAAAUUCCAAAGAACAUAAGGAUAACUCCUGUGGUACCGAAAGCACAGUUUCUGAGCCAGGUAAUCUGCAACAAUCAUCAAGUUUUGGACUACCUGGAGUUGGUUUAGGACUUGGCACAGGGCUUGGCACAAAGUCAGCUUUCUCUCCCCUUCAUACCACCCCUACCACGCUUGGAAGUGACACCAAUAUCUACGACUUAACCCCGAGACUCAGCAUCAAUCCGAUGCGUCUUGCAUAUUCAACAUCUGGAAGGGGGAUAACAGGUUUCAUGUCUCCCUAUGUAACACCGGGGCUGAUGCCAGCAUUGCAAUUUCGCCCACCAAUGGACUAUUCGUUUCCAGGAAUGAUAAGAGAUUUUUCCUACUAUCAGAACAAGGAAUCCUUAUGCAAUACAGGACUUUACUCUAGAGUAAACCAAGAAAACCAUUGAUUUGAGAUCACGUUGACUGUUACUGUUAUGCUCUUAUGUUGGUCAUAUUUUAGCCAAGCUGUUCAUCUAGAUGUUUUUGAAAAAGCUUCCACUUCAGGGUUUUUAGUUAUAUAAUGGUGAAGGUGCACAACACGACACUUAAUUGGCUUUGCUUUUAAAUAUAUCAUCUUAACAUUAUAUUUUGAGAAACUGUCUUUAACGGUUAUUACUAUAAAUGAGCUCAGUAAACAUUGGAAUGGGAAAUAACAGUAAAAGUGCACAAAGCAUGCGUGCUGAUCUGUAGCCUCUUUGUUAAACAUUUUAAGCCUUUUAUGUUAAUUUUCUCCUGCAAUGUUUGUAAAAUUUGUAAAUGUGUAUAUAUUGAUUGUUUUUGUAAAUGUGAUAGUUCUUUAAUAAAAUGUAACACAGAUAAAACACUUUGUUCUGGAGAUUUCAUUUCUUUUGUUCUAUUUUGUGUUUGAGUUCAGCCGUUGUUUGUGGUUGAUGAAUGGGAAAGUGUGAUGUUUCCUCUGCUAUAUAUGAUGUUCAUCUGCACCCCGUAGUUCGCUGUUCGAGU